CAUCGACCAACGAUACGUCGUCAGCGGUGCUAAUUAGGACACGUACCGCCGCUCAUCGCUAUGUCGUGCUUUAGCUUGCUCGGACGCCUCAUUGGGUGGAGAAGGGAGAGCUCGAUGGGCAAAAGCGCCCACAGCUUGUCCUCUCAGGAGACACUGGUCUCCCCGCACGAAAAGGAUUCAUACGUAGCAUUCGACACGACCGACCGGCUCGAGGUGCUCCGCGGGCUCAUGAAGGAUGAGGGCCUCGACGCAUACCUGAUUCCCUCUCAGGACGCACACAAUCUCGAGUAUGCCGCUCAUGAAUUUCACCGACUCGCCUUUAUCUCUGGUUUCACUGGCGACUCCGGCACGGCCGUAGUUACCAAAAACAAGGCUUUCCUCUUUACCGAUUCUCGCUAUCACAUCCAAGCUAGCCAGCAGCUCGACGAGAACUGGACGCUGCACAAAGUGCCCUUGGAUGUCGACUGGGACCAGAAGCUGCUUCACUUGAGCGAGAGGCGGCAGAUGGCCAUUGGUGUCGAUCCCAAGCUCAUCACCUACUCUUUGGCCAAGCCAAUCCUCGCCAGGCUGGCACCCACCGGCAGCAUCUUCACCUUUCCCACUCGAAACCUUGUCGAUGUCGUCUGGGGUACCGGUCGACCCACUCCAUCGACGGACCCCAUCGUCAUCCACCCGCUCGAGUACGCCGGGGAGAGCGCUCAGAAGAAGCUUGCAAAAGUUGCGGGCUGGCUCUCACAAGGGGGCAGCGGCUCGGCGAGCUACUUCAAGAAGGGCAGCCCGUACUUUAUUUGCCAGCUCGACAUGAUUGCCUGGCUGCUCAACCUCCGAGGUGGGAGCGUGCCCAACACCCCCACGUUCUACGCCUACCUCAUCGUGGCUCCCUCGUCGGUAGCCAAGUCUGCUUACUCGGCCACGCUGUUUGUUGAACAGUCGCUCCUCUCGCCCGAGGCAAAUCGGUACCUGGUCGAGGAUCUCAACGUGGACGUGCGCGGCUAUGACACAGUCUGGGACUUUCUCAUUUCGGGCGAAUGGGAGCUCAUGGCCCAGGGCGAGGUCAUGCGGGGCGAGAAGCCAGAAUUGGUCUGCGAUGAGCAAGUCAGCUGGGCCACUGCCAAUGCAGUCGGUGACGAAAACAUCCAUCUUCAAGAGGUCUCGCCGAUUGCGACGUGGAAAGCACAAAAGAACGCAACGGAGCUGCAAGGCAUGCGAAACGCCUACCUUCGCGACGGUGUGGCCUGGGCCGAGUGGGCGGCAUGGCUCGAGGAGGCUGUCCAAGCCAAGGGACAGGACAUUGACGAAAAGGCAGCCGCCGACGCUCUCGUCGAGGCGAGAACGCAGUCGGACAUGUAUGCGGGCAUGGAGGCCUACGAGCCCAUCAGCGCGACGGGCAAGAAUGCCGCGCUCCCUCACUAUGAGACUCCUGAGCUGGACUCUAGCGUCAUCGACCGACACACACCUUUUCUGAUGGACUCUGGCGGCCAGUACUUUGACGGCACAAUUGAUACGACGAGGACUGUACACUUUGGCAAACCGACGCCGAUGCAGAAGCGGGCAUUCACGAGGGUGCUUCAGGGCCACAUUGCCAUCGACACUGCCAUCUUCCCCAGGGGCACAACGGGUGCACAGCUCGAUUCGCUAGCCAGACACGCCCUGUGGAAGGACGGGCUUGACUUUGGACAUGGGACCGGCCACGGCAUCGGUGCUUAUCUACAGGUCCACGAGGGACCACAGAGGAUCGCAGCGCGCAACAAUGUUCCGCUGCUCCCACGCAUGUGCAUGAGCAACGAGCCGGGUUACUACGAGGAAGGAAAUUUCGGCAUCCGGAUCGAGAGCAUUGUCGCUGUCAAGGAGGUCAAGGUCAACAGCUCAGGAGGCAGCCAAGGCUGGCUCGGCUUUGAGCGUCUGACCCGCGUGCCCAUCGAUAAACGUCUUGUUGACUUUUCACUCCUCACCAAGGAGGAGGUUCAAUGGCUGCGCGAGCACAACAACGAGGUCAAGGCCGAUCUGCUCCCUCUCGUUAAACACGACAGACGCGCGACCAAGUGGCUGAAACGUCAGUGAGCCUCUUUUGAGGACGACCGAACGAUUACUUUGGUAGCAGAAUUAGGCGAGACUUGUACAUACAGUGCCACGAGUCAACAUACACAUCCUACUUCUUUGCUUUGGAGGUGCGGGCUGAACCGCGCGAAGGCUGCUUGCGCUCGCUCUUCUGCUCAGGCUUUGCCUUGGCGUCCUUGGUGGUCUUCUUCUUCUUCUCUGGUGCCUCUUCCUUCUGUUUGUCCUCUGGCCCGUCCCUCUUCUUACCGCCUAUCUUCUUAGGCGCUUCCUCUUCCGCUACUUCCUCGCCCUCCGCAUCCUCCUGUCCGCUGCCAUCUUCCUUGUCCUUUACAUCAUUUGCUUUUUGGCCAUUGGUCUUCUUUGCAUCUUUCGCGCCUUUACUGCUGCCCUUUUCGCCCUUCGCCGCGUCCUUUUUGGGUUCUGGG